CAGCUGAAUCGAUCGAACGAACGAGUCUGCGUGUUAGCAGAGGCGCCAUACGACGUCCUCAUACGCUUCUUCGUCACUGACGAAUUUGUUCAUCGUAGUAUUGCCGGUCGUGACGCUCUUGGAAAUUUUUCUUUGAAAUAAGAGAAAUUUCUUCAAGGAAAAUUUCUAACAUGCCGUCAGUGCGGCGGAUGAUCCUGGGGCAUGUCAUGUCCGGACUAUAUACGAAACUUAAUCGUACGAAAAAAUUGCGGGGUGAUUUAUUAGAAACACCGAUGAAAAGAUGUCUCUCUACUUUCGACAUUACUUUGCUUGGUGUCGGGCAUAUGGUCGGAGCUGGAAUCUAUGUUCUAACAGGAACGGUGGCUCAUGAUUUAGCUGGACCAGGUGUAGUUCUCAGCUUUCUUCUAGCCGGUAUAGCUUCAUUGUUAGCUGCUCUGUGUUAUGCCGAGUUUGGUGCGAGGGUACCUAAAGCUGGCAGUGCUUAUGUUUAUACUUAUGUUUCUAUCGGUGAAUUUUGGGCCUUCGUUAUCGGUUGGAACAUAAUAUUGGAGCAUAUGAUUGGUGCUGCAUCCGUGGCAAGAGCUUGGAGUGGUUACGUCGAUUCCUUGGCAGGAGGAGCGAUUAGUAAUUAUACUCAUCGUUUAAUGGGUGGUUAUACAAUGGGAGAACCACUUGGUACAAUGCCGGAUUUCUUGGCAUGCGGUUUAUGUCUUGUUUAUGCAAUGCUCCUAACAUUGGGAGUGAAAUGUUCAGCAGCCGUUAAUUCUCUCUUGACUUUGGUUAAUUUAGCUGUCAUGAUACUGACGAUCGUUUUGGGAAUUUAUUACGCAGACAUCUCGAAUUGGAGCAACGAAAACGGUGGAAUUUUUCCAUAUGGUUUUAGUGGCGUACUUGCCGGCGCAGCAACGUGCUUUUACGCUUUCGUUGGCUUCGACUCGAUUGCAACAUCCGGAGAAGAGGCACUUGACCCAGGACGAAGUAUUCCGUUAGCAACGAUUCUUUCAAUGGCUAUUGUCACUAUUGGAUAUGUGAUGGUUGGUGGUGUUCUUACAUUGAUUGUACCUUACUGGAACAUCAACCCUACUGCAGCACUUCCUGAAGCUUUCGCAUCGAGAGGUAUACCAUGGGCUAAAUAUGUGAUUAGUAUCGGUGCACUUUGCGGAAUGACAACGACUCUCUUCGGUUCGCUCUUUUCCUUACCAAGAACAAUGUAUGCCAUGGCAAAUGAUGGUCUCCUUUUUGGUUUUCUCGGUUAUAUAAGCAAUCGUACUCAAGUACCAGUUCUCAAUUUGAUGAUUAGUGGAAUUUUUAGUGCGUUGAUUGCUCUUCUUUUCGAUUUACAACAUUUAGUUGAGUUCAUGUCUAUUGGUACUUUCUUGGCGUAUACCAUCGUGUCGGCUAGUGUCAUAGUACUCAGAUAUCGUCCUGAAAAAAAUACACCUGCUGCUUCUACUGCCGGUACACCGAGCAGUCUAGCUUCACCACCUACAGAGGGUGCAGAUUUUAAUAGUGAUUGCAACAGCAUUGCAUCGGCUGAUGCCGAGCUUCUGGAUUCCAGCGAAGGUGUUGGAAAAUUAAAACCACGAUACAGUUGGUUAGCCAAUUUCUUAGGCAAUUGUGAGCCUGGAACAGCCGUGGCUAUUACUGUAACAAUUUAUACAACAGCCAGUGCUUCACUUUGCCCGCUUCUAAUACUAUUGUUCCAAUCAUCUUUUGAAUCUGCAUGGAACGAUUACUUUGUCUUGGUCAACGUGAUCAUUCUUAUAAUCGGUACUUUGUUAGUGAUUGGUGCACAUCGACAAAAUCCACCAAGUGGUAAAUUUCAAGUACCGAUGGUACCUUUGAUUCCAGCUUUAAGUAUUCUUUUCAAUGUUGGUUUGAUGUUUCAUUUGUCUUUAUUAACUUGGUUACGAUUUUUCGUCUGGAUGAUAGUAGGAAUGCUUAUUUACUUUUUGUAUGGUAUUCACUAUAGUAAGGAAGCAGUUAGUCCAAAUUCAUAUUCAGUUUUAAUGGCUAGUUCGGAAGCAGUAAGAGGUGCUAAAUGGGGUGCAAUGUUACGCGUUAAUCAAAAAGUUGACAAAGUACCUAUUCUUGACGAGAACGAACAUUAAAACUAGUAUUACAAGCAAAAGGUUUAAAAGUAGACAGUAAGUAUAAGUGUAGUAACAAUGUGGAAAAGAAAAAGAGAAAGAAAGAGAAAGAGAGAAAGAGAGAGAGAACAAAGAUAAAAAAGUAAUAACAAAGAAGAUAUAAAAAAAAAAGUAAACUACUUUAGGAAGGUUUCCAAUUCUUUUACAAGAAAGAAGUUAUUUUAUCAUAGACGUUAUGUAUAAUCAUAUGAAUGAUUAUUUUUUCAUAGAAAGUUGAAAACUAAAGAUCAAAGAACUUGACAUUUUUAAAUGCAAAGAAAAAAAUAGUCUUUGUGAUUCGAGAAACUACAAAAAGAUUUUCAAUACAUUGAAUAUGAUGAAUUUAAUUUUCUUUCGAUCAGGAUUGUGCUUUUUUAGAAUUGACUAGUAUCCGUAUACGGUUGUAAAUAAUGGUGCUUUAAGUAAUGUAUUUAAUGAAUCUAUGUUUUAAGAUCUCCUCGUACCAAUUCGUAUAGAUCAGCUUUGAUGAGACUUUCAAAUCUGUAAGACUGGUAAUUUUUGCUAAUACUUAUCCUGACGAGCUUGCAGCGAAUCUUUCAAAAUAUACACUAUAUCUAUAUAUAUAAAUAUAUAUAAAGUGUUAGAACAUUAAUUAGAUUACGAGGAAGUAUAUACAUUAAAACAAUUAGUCUUCUUUAUAUUUAGUUACGCACAAGUUUGUUAAAUGGUACAAAAUAUGCUUGUAAUAAUGCUGAUUUACUGUAGUUCUAUUUUUAAGAAAAUAUAUUACAAAUAUUAUAUAUCUAUUAUAUAUCUACAUAUAUAUAUAUAUAUAUAUAUAUAUAUAUAUAUAUAUAUAUAUAUAUAUAUGUAAAUUAUUGCAAAGUGGUUACGAGGAUUAUUAAUAAGAUUUUUGUUUGGAAGUAUCCUUCUUUUGGUUUGUUUUAUAUAAAAAUGAUUAAAAACGAGAAAUAUUGUUUUGAUGAUACAAUGAUAGAUUUCAAUUGGCACUGUGGAAGAUGAUGUCAUGUUAUCGAGUUGACGCUUAGAUGCAAACGUCCCGAUAACAAUUUUCAUUUGAAUAUUUUCUCUACAUAAGCGUACAUAGGUAGGUCAAGAUGAAAAGUCGAAGACAAUGAUAUAACAGCGAAAUGAAUAAUAAAUAUGUAUCUUCGAUAUACUUUUACGUUUGCAUCUAAGGGCUGAGAAAUGGUGCCUUGGGAACGAGUAGACUAUUUAUAAAAAUAAGAUUUAUGUAUUUAAAAAAAUGACAAUAGAUUUCGUCCGUAAUACGACGAUUAUUAAGAUUAAGAUUAUAAUUGGAUUUAACCGAGCAAUUUGCUAUUUUCAUGGGCGUUUGCAAAAGGGAGAGGAUUAGACAAAAUGAACGAAUACUCUCCGUCUCGUGGGACAAUGAAAGUAAUAUUUUUUUGUAAAUAUGUCUUUUUGUAAAAAAAAACAAAUCUCUAGAUAUAAUGUUACAGUACAAACUUCAAUCAAAACUUAAGUUUGCUUUUUUCCUAUAAGUAAAGAAAAAAAAAUUAAAUAAAGCACCUCUCCUUCCUACGUCAACUAAUAAGAGAAUGAUUAUAUUUGUUGCUUUUUUAUUGUAUACAGUUUCCUUGAAAUAAUCAAUAACAAAUGCUUUCUGUUGCAAGGACAAUUUUGUUCACCAAUGUUAUUUAUUUAAUUAUUUAUAUUAUUUAUUCUACUAUAAAAGUUAAUUUAUAAUAAAUUCAUUAAUCGUGUAUAUCUAUCUAUAGAUACACACACACACACACAUAUAUAUAUAUAAAUAAAUAUAUAUAUAUACAUUAUACUGUCUACAUGGUUUUCUGCUUUGUAGAUGUAAAACAGAUCAUCUGUUAUGACGAAUAUAUUGAAUCAACAUUAUACGUGGAUAUGGUUAUAAUUAAUUAUGUACUACCAUCGAAGUGCCAUAGAGUUAUGUAACACUUGUAUCUUUCGCUUAGAUGGUAGUAUAGCAGAGACAUAAACUUAUUGAAAUAGUUAAUCGAAAUUAAAAGUUUAAUAAGAUGUGAGUAUGUGUUUAUAACGACAUGUUAUUAUAGAUUAUUAUAGAAAGUAUACAAAAAUAAUGUAAUCUGAUUACUGUACAAAUCGAUAUAUACAAUAUGAUGUUAGAUGUAAGAUAACUCCAACAACAUAACUCCCUACUUGCUGUUCUAUGAUUUUCAAAUUCUUUGUGCAAUAUUUCUACUAUAUUUAAAAAUUAAAAAUAUUUCAAACAAA